AUGCAUUCCGCUGCAACUUCUACAUACCCCUCUGGGAAAACAUCCCCAGCACCAGUCGGAACCCCUGGGACUGAGUACAGUGAAUAUGAAUUCUCCAACGAUGUGGCGGUAGUGGGAAUGGCCUGCCGCGUAGCGGGAGGUAACCACAACCCUGAACUUCUCUGGCAAUCGCUCCUCAGCCAGAAGAGUGCAAUGGGUGAGAUUCCACCCAUGCGGUGGGAGCCUUACUAUCGUCGGGAUGCACGAAAUGAGAAAUUCCUCAAGAACACAACGUCGCGUGGCUAUUUCCUAGAUCGCUUGGAGGACUUUGACUGUCAGUUCUUUGGCAUCUCCCCUAAGGAGGCCGAGCAGAUGGACCCCCAACAGCGAGUCUCUCUGGAAGUGGCAUCGGAAGCCCUGGAAGAUGCCGGUAUUCCUGCCAAGAGUCUGUCUGGGAGUGACACAGCAGUCUUCUGGGGUGUUAACUCAGACGACUACUCCAAGCUAGUGCUAGAGGAUCUGCCAAAUGUCGAGGCGUGGAUGGGCAUUGGCACUGCAUACUGUGGCGUGCCCAAUCGCAUCUCAUAUCACCUCAACUUGAUGGGUCCUAGCACCGCCGUGGAUGCGGCGUGUGCUUCGUCUCUCGUCGCCAUACAUCAUGGAGUUCAGGCCAUCCGACUGGGAGAAUCAAAGGUGGCUAUUGUCGGAGGUGUCAAUGCCCUCUGCGGCCCAGGACUGACCCGCGUCCUCGACAAAGCCGGCGCCAUCUCGUCUGACGGAUCUUGCAAGUCCUUCGAUGAUGACGCCCAUGGGUACGCUAGAGGUGAAGGUGCCGGCGCCCUCGUCCUCAAAAGUCUGCACCGUGCAUUGCUCGACCACGAUAAUGUCCUGGCAGUCAUUAAGGGCAGUGCGGUAUGCCAGGAUGGCAAGACCAACGGCAUCAUGGCCCCCAAUUCCGUGGCGCAACAGCUAGCAGCAAACAAUGCUCUCUCUGCUGCAAAUAUCGACCCUCACACCGUGCGCUAUGUGGAAGCACAUGCCACAUCCACGCCCUUGGGCGACCCAACUGAAAUAUCCGCCAUUGCAAGUGUCUACGGCGCCGACCGCCCCGCGGAUGAUCCAUGCUACAUCGGGUCCAUCAAGCCCAAUAUUGGUCACCUGGAGGCUGGUGCGGGAGUCAUGGGCUUCAUCAAAGCAGUUCUGGCCAUCCAAAAGGGCGUCCUGCCACCGCAGGCCAACUUGACAAAGCUCAAUAGCCGGAUCGACUGGAAGACAGCCGGUGUUAAGGUCGUUCAAGAGGCCACCCCGUGGCCCGAAUCAGACCCCAUCCGUAGAGCAGGUGUCUGCUCGUAUGGGUACGGAGGUACUGUUUCUCACGCGGUGAUCGAAGAAUUCAGCCCUAUCCUGCAGCCAGACCCACUAGGUAAUGGAGCAGUCAGCGGACCAGGCCUUCUUUUAUUGUCCGGACCCCAGGAGAAACGUUUAGCCUUGCAGGCCAAAACAUUGCGCGACUGGAUGACUGCCGAAGGAAAGGAUCACAAUUUGAGUGAUAUUCUCACUACUCUAGCUACUCGACGAGAUCACCACGACUACCGAGCGGCGCUUGUAGUUGAUGACUACCGUGAUGCUGAGCAAGUCCUGCAAUCACUGGCCAAUGGGGUCGACCAUACAUUCACGACCCAGAGCCGUGUACUGGGCUCAGACAUCAGCAAGGACGUUGUCUGGGUGUUUUCUGGGCACGGUGCGCAGUGGCCGGACAUGGGCAAGCAACUUAUUCACAACCCGGUCUUCUUCGCAGCCAUCCAGCCACUCGAUGAGUUGAUCCAAGCCGAGAUUGGGCUGUCCCCUAUUGAGCUACUCCGGACGGGUGACUUUGAGUCGUCUGAUCGGGUACAGAUCCUUACUUAUGUCAUGCAAAUUGGUCUCAGCGCCCUGCUUCAAAGCAAUGGCAUCACUCCACAGGCCGUGAUUGGACACUCCGUGGGCGAAAUCGCGGCCAGUGUUGUGGCUGGAGCACUAUCCCCAGCAGAGGGUGCGCUUAUUGUCACCCGCAGAGCGUUGCUGUACCGCCAGGUUAUGGGCAAGGGCGGCAUGAUCCUUGUCAACCUCCCUAGUGCCGAGACUGAAGAGAUCUUAGGUUCCCGAUCAGACCUGGUUGUGGCCAUUGACUCGUCGCCAUCUUCCUGUGUGGUGGCUGGAGAUAAGGAGCUUGUGGCCGAAACAGCAGAGGCUCUCAAGGCACGAGGCGUGAAGACAUUCACUGUGAAGAGUGAUAUUGCCUUCCACAGUCCAACCUUGAAUGGGCUGGUCGAUCCCCUUCGGGAUGUGCUCGCAGAGACUCUGUCCCCUGUGAGUCCCAACGUCAAGUUGUAUUCCACCGCACUGGCAGACCCCCGCGGCCAAGACCUGCGCGACGUGGAAUACUGGGCCGGCAACAUGGUCAACCGCGUGCGUCUCACUUCGGCUGUCAAGGCCGCUGUUGAGGACGGAUAUCGUCUCUUCCUUGAAGUCUCAACCCACCCAGUGGUGUCUCACUCUAUCAACGAGACACUAAUGGAUGCAGGCAUGGAAGACUUUGCGGUCAUCCCAACUCUCCUUCGGAAAAAGCCAACUGAGAAGCAUAUCCUACACAGCAUUGCACAGCUUCACUGCCGCGGUGCGGAAGUGAACUGGGCGGCACAGAUGCCCGGACGCUGGGCCACUGGAGUUCCCACCACGACCUGGAUGCAUAAACCCAUCUGGCGCAAGAUAGAGACUGCGCCGCUUCACACUGGUCUCACGCAUGAUGUCGAGAAGCACACACUUCUGGGACAGCGUAUCCCAGUGCCCGGCACCGACACCUAUGUCUACACAACCCGGCUGGAUAACGACACAAAGCCCUUCCCGGGCAGCCACCCUCUGCACGGCACCGAGAUCGUUCCGGCUGCAGGUUUGAUCAAUACUUUCUUGAAGGGCACAGGCGGCCAGAUGCUGCAGAACGUUGUUCUCCGCGUUCCCGUUGCUAUUAACGCACCACGAUCCGUCCAGGUCGUAGUGCAGCAGGAUCAAGUCAAGGUUGUGUCUCGACUGAUCCCGAGUGAGCCCUCGCAGUUGGAUGACGAUGCCUCCUGGGUCACUCACACCACUGCAUACUGGGAUCGGAAGGUUGCUGGUUCCGAAGAUCGCAUCGACUUCGCUGCCGUCAAAUCGCGACUGGUAACCAAACUAGCAGACAACUUUUCGAUUGACUACCUGGACAAGGUGGGUGUAUCUGCCAUGGGAUUCCCAUGGGCGGUAACAGAGCACUACCGCAAUGACAAGGAGAUGCUGGCACGUGUUGAUGUCAAUCCUGCCAUCUCGGGAGAUGCCCCCCUGCCCUGGGAUUCUUCAUCCUGGGCCCCAGUUCUCGACGCUGCCACCUCCGUCGGUUCAACCAUCUUCCCGACACCUGCACUUCGGAUGCCCGCCCAGAUUGAGCGGGUAGAGGUCUUCACCUCGCAGGAUCCGCCCAAGAUCAGCUGGCUCUACGUCCAGGAGGCCUCCGAUUCGGUGCCCACCUCUCACGUUAGCGUGGUGAGCGAGGCGGGUGAGGUCCUUGCCAAAUUCACAGCCAUGCGGUUCUCCGAGAUUGAAGGCACUCCUGGCGUCAGUGGCAGCAUGGAGAGUCUCGUGCACCAGAUCGCUUGGCCACCAGCCACCCCGGCCGAAGAGCCCUUGUCCAUCGAGACAGUGAUCCUGGUCUCGCCCGAUGCUACCACCAGGGCCCUGUAUGCCGCAAGUCUGCCGACCCGGGUUAACUCCUUCCAGUUCUCCUCUACACAGGAGUUCUUCAGCAACGCUUCAUCCCUUCCCCUGGAGAAGGGAACCGUGGUGACCUACAUCCCCGGUGAGGUCGCCUCGCUGGCCGAGGUUCCCGCCGCAUCCGAGUCAUUCACUUGGAACUUGCUCGAACUAAUUAAAUUCACCGUCAAUGGCUCACUGCCUAUCAAAGUCUUCACUCUUACCGCGAACAUCGGCGAGGGUCAAACACCUACCGCUCUAGCCCAGUCCCCAUUGUACGGCCUGGCACGGGUCAUCGCCAGUGAGCACCCUGAUCUAGGAACCCUCAUCGACGUUGAAGAGCCCGUCAUCCCCCUGUCGACGAUGCGAUACAUCCAGGGGGCAGACAUCAUCCGAAUCAACGACGGAAUCGCUCGCACCUCCCGGUUCCGCAGCCUGCCGCGCAACAAGCUGCUCCCUGCCAGCGAAGGUCCUCGCCUGCUUCCCCGCCCCGAGGGCACAUACCUGAUCACCGGUGGUCUUGGCGUCCUCGGUCUCGAGGUCGCUGACUUCCUGGUCGAGAAGGGUGCCAGACGUCUGCUGCUCAUCUCGCGACGCGCCCUUCCCCCUCGCCGAACCUGGGACCAGGUUAGCGAGGAUCUCCAGCCGACCAUCGCCAAGAUCCGCCUCCUGGAGAGUCGCGGCGCCUCGGUCCAUGUCCUGCCCCUGGACAUCACCAAACCGGAUGCGGUCGAGCAGCUUACCACGGCGUUGGACCGACUUUCCCUACCUUCGGUCCAGGGUGUCGUUCACGCUGCCGGUGUGCUGGACAACGAGCUAGUGAUGCAGACCACUCGCGACGCCUUCAACCGGGUUCUCGCACCCAAGAUUGCGGGCGCGCUAGCCCUGCAUGAAGUCUUCCCCCCUAAGAGCGUCGACUUCUUCGUCAUGUUCUCCUCUUGUGGAAACCUCGUCGGGUUCACUGGUCAAGCUUCCUACGGCAGUGGUAACGCCUUCUUGGAUACACUAGCCACCCACCGUGCGCGCCUAGGUGACGCAGCCGUGUCCUUCCAGUGGACAUCGUGGCGUGGCCUUGGCAUGGGUGCCAGCACAGACUUUAUCAACGCUGAAUUGGAAUCCAAAGGAAUCACGGACGUGACGCGCGAUGAGGCCUUUGCUGCAUGGCAGCAUCUCGCCAAGUAUGAUAUGGACCACGGAGUUGUUUUGCGAAGCCGUGCCUUUGAGGACGGGGAACCGAUUCCAGUGUCUAUUCUCAAUGAUAUCGCGGUGCGACGCGUGGGCACUGUGUCUAACACCUCGCCGGCGGCUGCCGGUUCCAGCGACGCGGUGCCUACGUCUGGACCGGAGCUUAAGGCUUAUUUGGACGAGAAGAUCAGGGGCUGUGUGGCCAAGGUGUUACAGAUGACUGCUGAGGAUGUGGAUUCAAAGGCAGCUCUGGCCGAUCUGGGUGUUGACUCAGUCAUGACAGUCACUCUGCGUCGCCAGCUGCAGCUAACACUGAAGAUUGCGGUGCCCCCUACAUUGACGUGGAGUCAUCCGACUGUCAGCCAUCUGGCGGUGUGGUUUGCUGAGAAGCUUGCCAAAUGA